CUUUACACGGUCAACGGGAUGUGGCAUCGUUCGUGGGCAGUGAGCGCAUGUUCUCUGCGGUGCUAUUCUACAAAAACGCCAAUAAAACUUGUCGCGGAACUCCGAAAAUUAACUGAGGUUUCCAUCGUCAAGGCGCGUGAAGCGCUGGAAGCCUCAAACAACGAUGUCAAUGCAGCACUCAAAUGGCUGGACAAGGAUCUCGCCGCCUCUGGUGCUAAACGAGCUGCAAAAGUUCAGGACAGGCACGCUGGAGAAGGACUUAUUGCUGUUUCGCUGCUUUCUCCUGGGGCGGGUGGUAGAAGCGCUUUGCGUGCAGCGAUGGUGGAACUCAACUGCGAAACGGACUUUGUGGGCAGAAACGACCUUUUCGGCCAACUAGCCGCCGACAUUGCGCAUACCGCCGCAUUCAUGUCUGAACAAGCAGACUUCCAAAAUUACCCAGUCGACGUUUUGAACGACACACCUUUACUCUCCGCCCGCCACCUCAAUCCCGAUCCCUCCACCACCGUUUCUCGCGCCAUUCGUGACCUGAUAUCCAAAGUUGGGGAGAACGUCGUAUUAAAGCGCGCGAUGACCGUGUUUCAAGAGCCCAGCCCGAAUUCAAAAGAAGGCCAUCGUCUAAUUUCAUACCUCCAUGGCUCCGUCAACGACCCUAUGCAGGGCCGUAUCGGCGUACUUGGGCUACUCAAAUUAUCGUCCCCACAAUCCAUAUUCCAGUCCACAUCCAGCCGCGAAAACUUGGAGCGCCUUGAGCGUGCUUUGGCCCGGCAGAUCGCGGGAUUCGAGACACGCUCAAUUCAUUCCGACUCACAGGAUGAGACAGCACUCUACCAACAACCGUUUAUGAUUGCUGGCGACCUUUCGGGGAAGCCAGUUGGUGAAGCGUUGGCAGCGUGGUCAACGACGCAUGGACUGGAUCAGAGUGCUCUGGGAGUUGAGCGGUUUGUGAAAUGGGCAGUCGGUGAACCCAAUGAAGAGUUGUGA